AUGGACAAAUUUUAUAUACCAGUUAUUGAUAGCCCACAUCAAUACAAAUGUAAAAUAUUCACUAAUCGCAACUCACACUUUCGCCGCGCUAAUAGCAAGCACAAAUACGAUCGCAUUAAGUUCCCCUUGAGGCACAAAAGGCAACUUUACAUUAUUAAACUUAUCCCGGGAUAUGAAGGAUAUGCCCACUUUUUGAUUUAUGACUCCUUCACCCGGAAGAGACUUAGCAUUCAAGACAGCAGGAUUGAUUUAAAGGAUAGGGGGCCUAGUACAAAAAUUCAUACGCUAUUUAUGCGUGAUAUGUAUCAAGUAUCUUCUUUGUUGCGGGACAUAGCCCAGAAGGGAUCGAUCACCAAAGAAACAAGGUUCAUCAGAAAUGGUUACAGUAUUUACAAUGUUGAUACGUUUGAAACCGCAUAUAAACGCAUGAUUGGUGUAGAAAGUGAAUUUGAAAACUCCCCAGUUCACAAAAAUUAUAAAAUUAACAUGUCUGGCGAUGGAUCUAAUGUUUCUAAAAGUAAAUUUAGGGACAAUGAAACCCAGCGUUUAAGAAAGCGGAAGAGUUUUUUUUCGUUGAUACUAUUUAGGUCAGUUGUUCCUAAGAAUAAAAUAUUUUCCAACUUUCAGCAUAAAAUUUUGAUGUCUAGCAGGAAAAGCAAUAUCUUUAAUUCAACAUAUUCUAAUGAGGGCCAACCUGCAGAGAAGUAUAGUCGCAUAAGGAAGAAAGGCAGGCAUAAGAAGAAUAAGUACAAUUGGUGUUCUAUAAAGUUAGCCACUCAAUUUAUAAUGCAAGCUUUUAAUAUUUUAUUCCCAUCAUUGACAAUAUUUUCAGUAUCAAUGGCGAUCAUUAUUAUUCAGUGGACCUUUUACUAUAUUCGCAUGUUUUCGAAGAAAAAUAAGUAUUUAGAUGCUUUGUUUAUGCACUUUUCAGGCAGAAAUUUGAAGAACAACGUUGCUAUUUACGGCCUACUCACUUCAACAGUCCUACAUUCAUCAUUGGGUCACUUGCUUAUUAGUACAAUCAUGCAUUUUCGUUUCAGCUUUGUUAUGGAAAAUACGCAUGGCUCGAUAAUCACUUUAACAAUGUAUUUUAUUUGCAGUAUAUACGGUAUGUUAACUACCUGUUGUUACAAUAAGGACGUCAAGCAGGCCAAUGGAUUUGCUGGGGAUUGGGGAGUGGCAGGCAUUUUGCUCAGUGGCUACUUGUUUAAUUUCUAUUUGAUGCAAGGUGGGAAACACCACUUAACCAAUUUUGCUACCAGUUUUGUUUGUUUGUUCUUUGUGAAAGCUAGCGACCAUGGGGACCAGAUUUCGUUGUACACUCAUAUUAUGAGCUCUGUUUGCGGACUCUGCUUUGGGUAUUUGUUCAAUAAGUAUGGUGGGAAAUUGAGACGGGGCAGAUUCGGUUCAACUGUCAUUUGCGAUAUCAUCUGCUUGUCACUGCUACUAGCGUUGCCAGCCGCAUCCAUAAUAGCCCUAUUUGUAUUCGAUACUUAG